AUGCCAGGCGACACCCUUCGGGCGCCGAUCUGCGCCGCCCCUGCUCCGGCGCCGCGGCUGAACGUGAGCUGCCCGGAGGUGUUCCCAGACUUCGCAGGGGUGCUGGAGGAGCUCCGGUCGCAGCGUGCUGCGCGUGAGCGCCAGGCUUCAGCGGCCGAGGAGCUGUCGGAGACCGUCCGAGGUGGAGUUCCGUGGUACGUGGAGGUGGCUACGGCCAUCGCCGGCAGUCUUGCCCUCUACGCCAACGUAGUGAUCGGGUGUGCUUGCUCGUUCGUGGUCUUCUGCAUCGAUGGCUGCCGCCGUUGUCGCCAGGCCUGGGCUCCAGCGAGUGUCUUCGGAAGAGUUCCGAGACGAGCUACAGGAGUGUCCACGGGGAAGGACCCGCCGGCGAACCACUGGUUCUGGUGGAUCUUGACGGCCGACGGCGACGCGCACCCGCAGGAUCUCUCCGCGCCCAGGGAUCUGCAGGCGUUGCGCUUGCUUGAUGCGGAGGGCGAGGUGACUGGCACCAUGUACGGCCGAGGGCCCGCUGCUGUGUCUCGCCAUGCCUUCCGCGCCGGGCGUGGGGAGGGGUCGCUUGACGUGCCGCUCUUCCUCCGCGCCAAGGGCGCAGCCGACGAUGAGGAACGGAAAGAAGCUGGAGGUGGAGACUUGCUUGCUGCCCGCUCGCCGCCAGCCGCUGCGAGUGGUAAGUUGUGGAGGAUCUCCUACUCGUCCGACCAGGCCUUCGCCCGUGGCGCCGAGUUUCAACCAGGUAUCGACGGUCACCACUUCACUCUCGUCAAGAAAGGCGACGCUGACACGAUGGCGGUGAGUACUUCAGGUGGGGUGGUGCAGUGUCACUCCAUCUCCGCCGAAGCCAUGGAUGAGGAUGCCGACGCGAGGUCCCUCCCAGUGACGUGGCGGAACAACGCUCGCCGCCGUCGUUCCGUUGAGGCCGUCGACCUGAUGCAGCACCACGACUACGGGGACUCGCCUCUUGAUGGAGAACCCCCCAUGCUCUGGCAUCUGGAGGAGAUUGCGCGCAGUGGUGAGGGCGGUCCCGUCCAACGUCACUACAACUGGGCUUAUCAGCUCAAUGCGGGGGGUGGCGACCGCUCCGUGCAUGAACAUUUCUGUAUCAUGAAGGUUCUCGAGCUGGCGGCGGAGGUCGAUCAGCUCAACACCCCCACCCUGGUGUCGCUGGAGGCGCUCGGGGGGCGCGCCAUGCUGAUCGAGCAGACGCAUCUCAACUCGCCUGGUAGCCCCGAUUACACUGGGGCCGACGACUUCAUGGGUUGGGGGCCUGGACGGGGCAAAGCCUUGGUCGCACCUACUCUCGUCAAGCACGUGGCGGAGAAGGCCCGCGACAAGGCAUCAGCGCACGCGGAGCUUCGGAAGCACAACGAGGACUUGGUUUUCUCGCUGGCGUUGUUGCCGAAGGGCGUGGCGUUCCGCGGGAGCUACCUCCAUCGCAUGUGCCUCAGGGGCCUGCUGCAGGCUCGCAUCUCUUUCGUGGUGUUCGGCAACGCGCCCAUGUUCGGCAACAUAUGGGCCCUCAACUUGUUCGCGGGGUCUUCCGCGACCGACGCGAAGUUUUCGCCGCUGGGGCAGCGUGCCACGGUGGGCCACCUGUGCGACACCAUCAACUUUCUUCGGCCGCCGUCCGAGGUGGUCUCUGACGAGGAAGCCAUGCGUGCGCUUCUCGGGAGUAGAGCCCCUUGCGCUGGGGACGAUGGCUUGACGGUGGUACCCUACGACCGUGCCCUGGUGUCGAUCCCUGGUGAAGGACGGGUUGACGCCCCGCUGACCGAGGUGCCGCCGCCAGACGCCGCAAAGAUGAUGGUAGAUGUUGACACCCACCUGCUCAAGGACGACGACCAGCGGGGCGCGGAGGUGGAGCGGGGUCUCGAGCACAUUGUGUCUUACAUGGACCCUCGGCUUCGUUUCAGCCGCCGCAGCUAUCUCAACUUCAUAGGGGACCUGUUCAGAGGAUUAUUUAUAUGCGUGCGGGCUGCCACCGGGGCUGACAUUACAGGUGGCGAGCUGAAAUCGAUCACCAACGGAGACCCCGCCUUCGGCUACCUUUGGAGCGCCGACGCCGUCGCGCACGCGACGAGGGUGAUGCCGAUGGGCUGGGCGCGGAGCUUCUUCUUUUCGCAGAUCCUGCACGCGCACCAGGUCAGCCAGAUCAGGGACUGGGCCCCAGGCGCGGUCAUGCAGGAUCACGUCCCACCGCCCCCCUUUCGGGCGGGUUCCGAGCUGGCGCUGCCGUACUGCGACAACUUCGUGGCGGCUGCGUCCUCCAAGGCCCAGGCCGACGCCCUCCGCGAGGACUGCAAGCGGAGGCUGACCUCGCUUGGUCUUGAGGUUCACGAGGAGGAAGCUGCGCGGCGUUGGGCCGAGUCCUUGCUAGAGCGGCUCUUGGGCCACGCGACCUUCCAGUUCCUGGGGCGCAGGCCGCUGCUCUCGAUCUUCCGCAGUUGCUACACCUUCGAGCUCCGGGCAGCUGCUGCCAUGUUGCCCUUCGCGAGGGCUAACGCGCGGCGACCCUGGGCGUCCGAGGUGGAGGUGUCCGACGCCAGCCCCGCGGGAUGCGGCAUCCUGUCCGCGUCGCUGCCAGAGGGGGUGGUCUCGGAGAUCGGGAAGACUGACGAACGCUGGCGGCGCGCAUUUCAGUAUGAGCAGCCGGGGGGGGGGGGGCCGUGA